UUGCAAUUAUAAUGCAUUUAGUGAUAGAACAGUAGCAUGAAACAAAUUCAGUAUAACUUCUGUGUAUUGUAAUGCUGUUAUUUGAUGAUUAAACUAUCACUAUAAACAUGUUUUGGCAACUAUAAUCUAAAUGUUACUAUGUUACUGUCAUUUGAAAUGUAGUCUGUUUAAUUGUAAAUAAAAUAUAUAGCUUAGUGAACUAUGUGGUUUUUUUUUUAAUAAUUUUUUUUUAUAUGUGUUUUUAGAAAACGCUUUGAAAGAUGGACAGAUUGACCAUGCACUGAAUAUGUGCAGAAAGGUUGUGGGGUGCUUCUCCUAUAGCUGGAGACGAAGGAGGGAGUUGUCCGAGGCCCAGAAAGAUCUUAAGUUACCUGAACACAAACUCAAGACAGAGUGUCCAACAAGGUGGGGAUCAAAACAAGCAAUGAUUGCUUGGGUGCUGGAACAACAGAGUGCCAUUUCUUGUGUUCUGUCCAUGGACAAAAAAGUCAGACACCUUGUCCCCACAUGGCAGGAUAUAGAAGUCACUGAGGUAGUCAACAACUCCCUUUCUUCUCUUGCUGAAUUCACUGAUGCUCUUUCAGGAGAGCAAUAUGUAAGUGUAUCAUACUAUGUGAAGCCUGUUCUUCACUUGUUCAACAAUACAAACUUGGCAGAGAAGGAGGGAGAAACAGAACCCUCAAAAUGCAUCAAGAGGAAGAUCCUGGACUACCUGAAUAAGAAGUAUGAUGAUCCACAGACAGAAGAGGUACUUGACAUGGCGUCUGUUGUUGAUCCCAGAUUCAACUUAAGUACGUCAAUGAAGACAGAGUUGAAGCUGUCAAGAACUGAAAUGGCAUCAAUACCUACAGUCAUGAAGCCUCAACCAUCUGUGAGUUAGGAAGCAGAUGACCAAAAUGCACCAGCACUAAAGAAGACCAAAAAAACAUUGGGUAGUUUCUUUAAAGUGGAUGAGGACCACAGACCAGCAUCAUCAUCAUCUUCUCCAAUCUGCAAGACAUGGCCAUAACUGCUGAUCUUCUCUCUGCUGCUGUUGAUAGUGAGGCGGAUCCUUUGGUCUGGUGGAAGGAACAUAAAAAGCAAUUCCCAACACUCUACAAGUUGGCACAAAAAUAUUUGUACAUUCCUGCCAUGAAAUCUCCCUCGGAAAGAGUAUUUAGCAUUGGAGGAAACAUUGUGACUUGUUUGCAUGCAUCCCUAAAGCAUGAAAGUAUGGACAGGCUUGUUUUCCUGGCAAAAAAUCUUUAAAAGUCAAACCAUUGGAACUUAGUAUUGUUCAUUCCUGAAAACUUGAAGUGUUUUUAUGGCUUGUGUUCUAGGCCAAAAGACUUGAUAUGGCAAAUUCUGUGGGGGUUUUUUUUCUAUCCACGUUAUCUUAAGAUUUUUUCCAUUGUUUUCAUUUUAGAUAAAAUUUAGGGGUGUAACGGUACAUGUAUUCAUCCCGAACCGUCACGGUACUGACGUCACGGUUCGGUGCAUGCAGUCAGACGAAGAAUACGUCUGAGUCAAUCACAGGCGAUCCACACUCCAAUCCAGAAGGGGGCGCGCGGUAAUGCAAUGCUGUUUGCUAACUGCCACAACUGGAAAAAAGCAGAAGAAGAAGAGACCAUCUAUGCACCAAUCCAAAACAAGAAUGGCUUCUCCUAAUGCACAAGUUUUAUUUUUCAUUAUUCUAUUUAUUUUGUACUUUUAUAACACAAGAGAUGCUUUUCAGUUUUGUAGCUGAUUGUGACCAAAUACCUUUUGUUUUUAUCAACCCUACAAAAAAAUAUGUCCUAUGCAAGAGUGCAUUCUGUUUACUGCUUAGUGCUUAAUACACUAAAGGAGGCUGUACUGAACCAACUACCUCAGGGGGGACUAAAUGCCGCUAAGUGGAACAAACUGUAAUUUGCACUACUGUCUGCUCAAAAUAAAUGAAAAUAAUUUUUUUUUUUUUUUUGAUUUGUUGCUUUUUCCUGUUGUACGUACCGAACCAUGACUUCUGUGUACCGUUACACCCCUAA